GUUCGUUUGACUUGUGGCAGGUGCUUCCUUCCUGCACCAACUGUUUUUCACUUCCGAUGGUUCCAUUGCCAGACGCUUCAUGACCCCACCCAGCAGCAUCCAGAUAAUGCCAAGCUCUCGGCUCUAUGUUCCAGCUCGUGUCCUCCGGGUAGUCUUCUGCUAUGGGCUUGUUACCUACCUUGUGUCGUAAGAGACCGGGUGGCAGUUUUAGCUGGGAUAUACAGUUGCACGUGUUACUAUGGCAGUGACGGCUGGGAAUGCCACUUCCUUUCCUAUGAGUAACCACACCCGCGAGAGAGUGACUGUUGCCAAACUUACCCUGGAAACUUUUUAUAGCAACCUCAUACUGCAGCAUGAAGAACGGGAAACCAGGCAGAAGAAACUGGAAAUUGCCAUGGAACAGGAAGGAUUGGGCGAUGAUGAGAAAAGGCUUCGGCGCUCGCAGCAUGCCAGAAAGGAAACCGAAUUCCUGCGGUUAAAGAGGACCAGGCUGGGAUUGGAUGAUUUUGAGUCACUAAAGGUCAUUGGUCGGGGAGCAUUUGGAGAGGUGCGUCUAGUUCAGAAGAAGGACACGGGACACAUCUAUGCAAUGAAGAUCCUCAGGAAAGCGGACAUGUUGGAGAAGGAACAGGUGGCUCAUAUUCGUGCUGAGCGAGACAUCUUAGUGGAGGCCGAUGGUGCCUGGGUGGUGAAAAUGUUCUACAGCUUUCAAGACAAACGGAAUCUCUAUUUGAUCAUGGAAUUUUUACCUGGAGGUGACAUGAUGACCUUACUAAUGAAGAAAGAUACUUUAACAGAAGAGGAAACACAGUUCUACAUAGCAGAGACUGUAUUGGCCAUUGAUGCAAUUCAUCAGCUGGGCUUCAUCCACCGGGACAUCAAACCGGACAACCUGUUGUUGGAUGCUAAGGGUCACGUCAAGCUGUCUGAUUUUGGUCUUUGUACGGGACUGAAGAAAGCCCACCGGACCGAAUUUUACAGGAAUCUGAGCCAUAAUCCUCCCAGUGAUUUCACAUUCCAGAAUAUGAACUCGAAGAGGAAGGCAGAGACAUGGAAGAAGAACAGGAGGCAGUUGGUAAGUACAAAGUGUACUUUCAGACUGACUAUAGGAAUGAUGGUGAAUUGGAGUGAUUUGAUAGGGACAGAUGAUAUCACAGCCAUGCGACUAUCACAUGAUCAGGCUAAAAAGAAGGCCUACUCCACAGUUGGGACUCCUGACUACAUAGCCCCAGAAGUCUUCAUGCAGACAGGAUACAACAAGCUUUGUGACUGGUGGUCGUUGGGUGUCAUCAUGUAUGAGAUGUUAAUAGGAUAUCCUCCAUUCUGUUCAGAAACACCGCAGGAAACGUAUCGGAAAGUGAUGACCUGGAAAGAAACGCUUGUUUUUCCUCCUGAGGUGCCAAUAUCUGAAAAGUCAAAGGAUUUAAUUCUCAGGUUUUGCAAUGAUGCAGAAAACAGAAUUGGCACAAAUGGCAUUGAGGAAAUUAAGAGCCAUGCUUUCUUUGAAGACGUAGACUGGGGCCAUAUAAGAGAGAGACCGGCAGCAAUAACCAUUGAAAUAAGAAGCAUUGACGACACUUCUAAUUUUGAUGAGUUCCCAGAGUCGGAUAUCUUACAGCCAGGUAUGGACACACAUCAUGUGCCAAACACCACAGAACCAGACUACAAAUCCAAAGACUGGGUCUUCCUAAACUACACCUACAAACGCUUUGAGGGCCUGACGCAACGUGGCUCCAUCCCAUCCUACAUGAAAUCUGGAAAGCUAUGAGUUUCGACAACCACUGCUUCUUGGGUUGGGGAGUACACAAUACUCAGGUAUCUGCCAAGUCGGACUUGUUUGGCAGAUGGACCUAUCUGCCGAGAACUUGUUGAACUGGUAUAUACUCAAGGAUAAUCUGCAGGAACCGGAUUCCUUAUGACUACAGAACCGUGUUGGCAGAGCCAGCUGGAAUUUUUUUUAGUUUUCCCUUCUUGGAAAGGGAUGGGAUUUAAGUUAUCUUGCAAGGGUACUGCAUUGAGCAUUAAAUCGUAUCAAUUCCUCUCUGAACACUGGGCACUCCUUUGUAGUGACAUCCUCUGCACUGUGAGGCCCUGAAUUUUAAUUGCUGCCAUUUUACUGUCACACUGGCCUUUUAAGAAAUGACGACCGCUCAAGAGUUACGGCGGGAAUUAUGGGCUGCAAUGUGCUGCAUCUUAGCGGGGCAGUUGCCAUUUGAAAGUCAUGAAUUUCAUUGUUACUUCACUUUUUUUUUUUUUUUUUUUUUAUGUUUUUAAUUUGUAAAAUUAUUUAUUCUGCACUGUAUUGGUGUGUUUCCUGCUUAGCUUAUGUAUGUUUGUUUUUUUUUUUUUUUGUUUUUUAAACUAUCUUCAUUUUAAGUGGUCAGGGAAGGAGGAGUCAUGAUUUGGUUCACAGGCCACGGAAUUUCUCUUAAAGCUUAAUGUUCUGUCCAUUCUGUCCUGUUUUAGUAUGAGAGGUGGGAGACAUGCUGUUGAGCUCUGAAUGAAAUGAAUGUACUAAAAAGAAAUAAAACCGUUGAAAGGAAUAGUUGACCUGUGUUGACAGCUUUGGUUAAUAGUCUUUUUAGAUGUGAUCGAUCACCGGAAAACCGAAAGCUGAAGUUAAAUCUGCCUUAAUUUUGCCUUU